AUGUCCUCUCCCGUGGAGCCGUGGCCGAUUGAAGAGGGAAAGACACUGCAGGAGAGUGAUCGCUUGCAGCUGGACAGCAAAUGGUCAGAGCAAGAGGUGAAGGCGGCGCUUAAAGGCUUACCGACGGGGAAGGCCCCGGGGCAGGACGGCUUGCCGAAAGAAUUUUUCAAAAGAAAUUGGGAGCUGUUGGGCCCGGCGGUGAUGAGGGGAGUUAGGACUUUCGAAUCAACGGGUGUGCUUUUGGAGUCCUUCACGACGGCGGUUACGAUCCUUCUGCACAAAAAAAGGAGACAGGGACAAUUUGGGAAAUUACCGGCCAAUUACUGGCGAAGGAGUCUCGCUGACGCUGUCUCUCUGGUAGCAGAUGCGAUCGACGCUGCGGAGCAGGAGGACGAGGACUGGCUGCUAUUGUUGGUUGAUUUUCAGAAAGCUUACGAUUCGGUAUCACGUGAAUACCUCUUCUCGACGCUGGGCAGCAUGGGCUUUCCGGGGAAGUUCACAAGAUGGGUGAAGGGUCUUCACGAUGGAACGGCAACCAAGGUGCUGUUGAACGGCUGGAUAGGGGAACGGGUGGUGAUGGCCAAAGGGGUACGUCAGGGCUGCCCGCUCGCCCCAUAUCUCUUCCUCUGCGCGGUUGAGCCACUCUGCCAAGAAAUAGAACGGAGGAAACUGGGGGUCAGGAAGAGGGGUGUGAAAGGGAGUUUAGACUACAUUGGAUACGCAGACGACGCGACACUGGUCCUGAAGGGCAAGGAACAUGUGGCGGUUGCUGAGAAACUAUUGGGGGAGUUCGCGGAAAUCUCAGGGUUGAAGGUGAAUCUUGAUAAGACCACACUGAUGCCACUGGGAAAAAAUCAAAUGAGGCUGAAGCCGAUAGCGUCGUCUUUCAAGUGGGCGGAGAAGAACACGUCUGAAAGGUUGCUCGGAAUCUGGAUCACCUAUGGAGGCUCACCGGGACCUGCAUGGGACAAGGCUUUCGAAAAAGUUAGCGCGGUGCUAAGCUGCUGGGAGACUAGACAUCUCAAAACCUCGGCACGGGUUACAAUCAUAAACAGCUACGCGAUGCCGAUCCUGCUCUUCCAGGCGCAGAUUUACGCCCCACCGUACGAGGUCUGGACCAAAGUGAAGAGGCUAUGUCAUGAUUUCAUCUCGGGAGGGAAAGCGCUCCUCGACAGACACUUCACGCUAUGGAGUUACGAACUGUCGUGCAGAGGACGGAAAGAGGGGGGACUGGGUGUGAUUGAUCUGAAGCACCGAAUUGACAGCAUGGUGAUCCAAGGACUGGGGAAGGCCCUGGUGGAGCAGGAGCCACUUCGGAACUGGUUAUGGGAGAGGGCGGCGGCUUUUCCCCUCGACUUGGCCACGAUUUACGCGCAUCCUUCAGUCCUGAAGUCCUGGCUGGGGGGAGGCACGAGAUGGAAAGCCACUAUUAAAGCGCUGUGGGACUCAAAACUGGUGACCAUAGGUGAUCCGGCACACAGGUGGGACGCAGAGGAGGAGCAGUUACUUUUCAAUCGCAGUAUUUUCUUCAGAGGCUUAUCACCUUUCGGAAACCAGGCGGGCUCUCUUUACCUGAAGGGCAUCCGACUGGGGGACUUGGUGGCGAAAGGAGGAGAUGGCAGCAGAUCUCGUAAGAGCGAUGAGGUUUUGGAGAGGGAAUUGGGAGGUGUGGAGCAGAGGAAAUGGGCCCUAAAGGCGUGGGAUGCGACACCACAGGGAUGGAAGGAUCUGGUACUCAACCAACUUUCGGCGGAGGAUUUUUUCAGGGAAACGAGGCUGGUCCGCUCUGCGUCUUACCGCCCAGGAGAGUUCUUUUACUACUAG